AUGCGCUUCAGCGUUCUGCUGAUGCUCCUAAUACUCGCAACAGUGCAACAAAAACAAAAAUGCGCGCAUGCCAACAUCUCGGAGAACAACAAUACCAACAUCCUGUACAUGGAGGAGGAGGCAAUGCCAGAACUACAUCGAGUUCGUCGCGUCGUUGGUGGACAUCGCAGCGAGGUGCGCCAACAGCCUUAUAUGGUUAAUAUACGUCGACGUGGCAAAUUUCAUUGCGGUGGCUCGCUAGUAACGCCCCUCUGCGUGCUAACCGCUGCCCAUUGUGUCUAUGGGAGCGAUGCAGGCAACUAUCAGGCAGCGGAUUUUGUGGUGCGUGGUGGUGUCACAUACUUAAAGGAUAUGCGCAAUGGACGUGAGGUGCAACGCAUCUUUCUGCCCAAGGCCUACAAUCGUGCCACACUGGAUCACGACGUGGCAAUUUUUCGAUUGAAUGAGCCACUACAGGGUCCCCAAAUCGGAACCAUUGCGUUGGCAAGAAGAGCGCCAUGGGUCGGCUCCCUUAUACGCGUCUCAGGCUGGGGACUGACGGAUGAAAGAUCUGCCCAGAUACCCAACCAGCUGCACAGCGUCCAAGUGCGGGUAUUGGCGCAUCGUGAGUGCCAACAACUAUAUCGGGGCUAUCGCAACAUAACAUCCUCCAUGUACUGUGCCUCGGUGCCGGGUUUUAAGGACGCCUGCGCAGCCGAUUCGGGCGGACCUGCUGUGGACUCGAACGGCAAAUUAGCGGGCAUUGUGUCUUGGGGCAAGGCCAAUAGCUGCGCACACGAGGAUAGUCCGGGCGUUUAUGCAAAUGUGGUAUACUUGCGUAAUUGGAUAACGCAGACUAUGCGGCAAUAUUGCUAUCGUUAG